AUGAAGAUCCCGUUGUUGCCUCAAUGCGACGACACCCUUCGGGAAGAUGCAGAAUCUGGUAGGACAGGUCUCGCUGGAACACUCCACGGUCCACCCUUGCUGCGUGAGAUUUGGGGGCCGUCUGCCAAUUCCUCGAGACAGCUCACAUUGAAAUGUCUUUUCUUACUGGGCAAGGUAGCAUCCUAUGCAGAAGCGGCAGCAAUCUGCAAAGUUGAAGUCGAGAAAAUCGUGAAAGAAUCCCGACGAGUCAACCAAAAAUAUCGCGAUCCCUAUCUCGACAUCGAAUUUGACCUAAAAUGUGGUACAAAAGACUGCCUUACAAUGCUGCCAGGCUCCGUCAAAAGGGUAGGAGAUAUAUUUGAUGAACCAGAGUUUUAUAAGAGUGGUGCAACAGCCAAUGAUAUUCGUCAAGGCAAAGACGGCGAUUGCUGGCUCAAGGCCGCCCUUUGCACAUUGGGGAACAAGCCAGGUCUUAUUGAGGAUGUCUGUGUAGCAAGAGAUGAGGAAGUUGGCGUUUAUGGAAUCCUAUACUUGACGAAGCCUGAUUACGAUGAGAGCUGGAUUGAACGCAACCUCAUUGAAGACCGUAAGAGAAUCAACUCGGAGGAAGAUUAUCGAAGGAUCUACCAGACCGGCUCUGGUUCGUUGUACUUCGCUCAAUGUGAGGAUCCAAACGAGACGUGGCUGCCAUUGUUGGAAAAGGCAUAUGCCAAGGCUCAUGGUGACUACGCUGCGAUUGAAGGAGGUUUUACAGGCGAGGGACUUGAGGACCUCACAGGAGCCGUCACGACCGGAAUUUCCAGUACUGAUAUCCUCGAUAAGGAGUACUUCUGGAGGGAGGAGCUGUCGAAAGUUACCAAGGAAUUUCUUUUUGGUUGUGGAAUGGGUCUCUUUUGGGGCCGUGGAGAACGAAAAGGGAUCGUGGAGGGCCACGCGUAUUCCAUCAUGAGAGCUGUUGAAAUGGAUGGAAAGAGACUUUGUCUGUUGAGGAAUCCAUGGGGCGCGUAUGAGUGGAAUGGGUCAUGGAGUGAUGGAAGCAAAGAAUGGACGCCAGACUGGAUGCAGAAACUCGAGCAUCGUUUCGGUGACAAUAGUACCUUCUGGAUGUCGUACGAAGAUCUAUUAAAGAAGUAUCAGACAUUUGACCAUUACCACAGCACCAAAUUUUAUUUCACACUUGAGAAGAAAGCACCUGUUGAGGCUGUUGUGCUUGUUCUAUCACAGGUAAGCUCGCCAGACUUAUACACGAUACAAAAUUCUUACACUAUCCAGCUUGAUAGCCGUUAUUUUUGUGGUCUUGAAGGCCAAUAUAGCUUUCAAUUAUCUUUCCGUGUCCACAAAGCCGGAGAGGAAGAUUACAUUGUCCAAAGCCACGGAAACUAUAGCAUGCGAAGAUCUGUUACGGUCGAACUCGAACUUGAGCCUGGCGAGUACCACGUCCUGAUGAGGGUUGAGGCAGAGAAGAAUGAUCAUGCGUUUCCCGUCGAGCAGGCUCUACGUAACAAUGUCAAAGCUCGCAGAAACAAAUUGCUUCGAAUUGGUCUGGCAUAUGAUUUGGCAUAUGCUAAGGGGCAGAUUAAGGAGACUGACGAAGAGAGGAAAGUUCGCAAGGAGUUGGAAGCUAAGAAGAAAUCGCAAGAGAGGAAGGAAAUGAAGGAUAAGUUGAUGAAGGAGAAGAAGAGACGGAAGCAUGUUGAAACAAGGAGACUCGCCAAGGCUAGAGAGGAGAAGAAAAUAGCGGAAGAGAAGGAGGAGAAGGAGGAGAACGAAAAGCAAAAGAAGGAGCCAGAGAAGGUGAAAGAGAAGGGUUGAGAUGCCACGAAAACAGAUUCUCCCGAGAAAGUGGCUGGUCCAGAAACAGGGC